GAAAUCAUUCGCAAACUUGUGAACUAUCUAGCAAUAUGAAGUAUUUUCUCAGAGCUUUAGCCAUCCUGGCUGUCCUGUCGUCUCUCACUGCAGCCGCAAGUUUGGGAGAACCGACGCCAGUAGCCAACGACUUUAUCCGAUCCUUCAAUGACCUCCACAGAGGUCGUCCUGUCGAACCAACGAUGACCCGUGCAAAUGUUCAGGAACGGUGGAUCACCCAGUGGUUGGACAACUUCGACGGGGACAACAACGCCACUUGGGACGAUCGCAUUCUGAUCAACGAGGACUACUUCGUCGACGGGUCACCCAUCUUCAUCUACCUGGGCGGUGAGUGGAAGAUCCAACCCGGUGACAUUACCUCCGGACUCUGGGUAGACAUUGCCAAGCAGCACAAUGGUACGAUCGUCACCACCGAGCACCGAUUCUUUGGCGAAAGUCUUCCCAUUACUCCGUUCUCGACCGAGAACCUCGAGAAAUAUCAAAGCGUAAAUCAGGCCCUGGCCGAUGUGAUCAACAUUAUUGAGAACCUAAAGGAAGAGGACAAGUACAAGGACUCCAAGGUUGUUAUUCAUGGCUGCUCCUACUCUGCAACCAUGGCUACCUGGAUCCGUAAACUUCACCCAGACGUUAUUGUGGGAAGCUGGGCUUCCUCGGCUCCGCUGUUGGCCAAGGUAGACUUUAAGGAAUACUUCAAAGUUAUCGGCGAUUCGUACAGGAUCCUUGGAGGACAGUAUUGCUACGAUUUGAUCAACAAUGCCACAUCCUACUACGAGGAUCUCUUCGCGAACGGAAAGGGAGACCAGGCCAAGAAGGAGCUCAACUUGUGCAGCAACUUCGAUGUGGACAACAAAAGGGACCGUUGGCAAAUAUUUAGCACCAUUGCCAAUAUUUUCGCCGGAAUCGCUCAAUACCAAAAUCCAGCGAAUUAUGACAUCGCCCAGUACUGCUCGGUGCUGAGGAGCUUCAGUGAUGAUGACUCUGUGGCCCUUUCCAAGUUUAUUAACUGGAGAAUCCAUGAACACACCGGCCAGUGCAUCAGUGCCACCUUUAAAGGAACUACAGAUUAUUAUGAAUGGUCCAAGGAUAACUACCAAGACAGUACCCUUCCCUGGGUCUUCCAGACCUGCAGCGAGUUCGGCUGGUUCCAGUCUUCCGGUAGCAGGCAGCAACCCUUCGGAUCCACCUUCCCAUCCAAGCUUUACGAGGACACCUGCGAGGCAGUCUUUGGCUCCAAAUACAACACUGCUGGAAUUCGAGCCAAUGCCAAGGCAACUAACGCUGAAUUCGGAGGUAUAGACAUCGACGUCACCAAUGUGUAUUGGGUGCAGGGUCAGCUCGACGGUUGGAGAAAGGUGGGAGCCGGAGUCCCGCAAGGAGCAACCAUCAUCCCAUACGCCUCCCACUGCCCGGAUGGAGGAUCCAUCUCCGCCAGUGAUAGUCCCGAAUUGGUGGCUUCCAAGCAGAAGAUUAUCGCUCUGGUGGCUCAAUGGCUGGAGGAAGCCUAAU